AUGGCAGCAACUACUUAUCCUCCAUGCCCAGCAAUAGUUUUCAGAAAUAUCACAGAAAUCGUUGAACAAAACGAAGAUAUUGUAAACUUUUUGCUGACCUACCAUUUCGAUUCUUUUUCAAACAAUGAUAAACAUUUCGUGAAAUCACUCUCCAGGCCAACUCCUAGGCUGAAGAGGCUAAUUAAUACAUCUAGUAGAGGAUCAAAUAGAUUGUUUUCGACCGCUUGGUACGAAAGAUACUUCUGGUUGACAGGUAGUGAAACACGAAACAAACUAUUUUGCUGGCCUUGUCUGUUAUAUUCUGAAGAAGCUCAUAACUCGGUUUGGGGACGACUAGGUUAUGAUAAUAUGAAAGAGUUAUCCCGAGCAUUACAAAAACAUGCUAACAGCAAAGACCAUUUGUCCUGUGAAUUGAGAUUCAAAAUAUUCGGCAAGCAGAACAUCCCCAAUGGCAUCAAUUCCAAAUAUAAUGUGUCUAUAAAGAAACAUAAUGAAAAAGUGUCUCACAAUAGGGCGAUUUUGAAACGAUUAGUUGAUGUUGUGAUAUUUUCAGGAUCUCAAGAACCAAUAACAGACAGUAGAAAUUUUAUCGAUGAGGGCAACAAAGGCCUCUUGAAAAUUUUGGAAAAAUAUGAACCAAAACUAAAAGAAAAUUUUUUCAAAGGACUUUUACCUGUCGAUUGUUAUCUCGAAGAUAUUGAGGAUGAAUUGAUUGCUUCGGUUUGUCAUGUUGUCAGAAGUCACAUAGAAGCUGAAAUUUUAAAAUCUGAAUUUUUUUCGUGGCAGUUGGAUGGAUCAACUAACAAGUCUGGUUCAUCCCUAUUAUCCGUGAUUUUUAGAUACUGUGUGGACGGUGUUCCUGUUGAGAGAUUUUUUGAAUUCCUAGAAGUCACAGCUGGUCGCGAUGCUAAUGAAAUGUUUCAAUUAUUAACUGUUCGUAACCAAAAAUUCAAUAUACCUGGAAAAUUGAUUGGACAUACAUACGAUGGUGCAUCUAUGAAACGAGGACAAAUGCAUGGUCUCCAGAUGAAAUUCAAAACAUAUGCCCCUAUGGCUUUGCUUACCCAUUCUCAUGCUCAUAAUUUGAAUUUGAUCCUACAGGAUGCUUGUAUGCAAAUCAAGGAAUGCAGAAUAUUUUUUGCUAAUCUUAAUGGGGUAUCUGAUUUUUUCGUCAAAUCACGAAAGCGAAUUGAUCUACUUGAUUCUUUGUGUCCAGGUAUAUUACCUUCUGGUUCUGGAAAGAGUUGGCCUCCCAAGUCUGAAGCUGUUUCCACUAUAUUGAAGCAUAGGAAAGGUCUCGUAUCUGUUUUUGAGCAUAUCAUAGAAAGUGAUGAGUUUUAUGCUGAUCGUGAAAUGGUACAGGAAGCCAUCAUUUGCAGAAAGCAAUUAACUGACGUUAAUUUCGUUUUACUUUUGAGAAUUUUUGAAUUGAUAUUUUCACAAGCAGAUACUGUGAACAUUGUUAUUCAGAAUAGAAAAUCUAGUUUUCUCUUCAGCGAAUCUAGCAUUUUACAGUUGAUCUCUUCUUUAAAGUCAUACAUGAGUUACAAGCACUAUUUCAAAAAAACUGCCGAGGAGACUAUGAAGGAUCUGGACUAUACACAAAAAGAACUCAAACCUGGCUAUGAUCAUGUUGUAGAAAUGACUGAUUGCAGCAGAAUAUUCAAUUCAAUAAUGAAUCUGUGUUUACAUCAGAUAAAAACUCGCUUUUCUAAUGUACACAAUCUAGUAUUUUUCGAACUCUUGAAUAGAGAUGAUUUCAUAGACUACCAAUCUACAUUUCCGAAGAAACAAUUGGAAGUUCUGAUCAAGGCAUUCCCACACACAGUAGAAAAUCGAUAG